AUGUUAUUGGUCGAUGUCUACAGAGUCUUCGAUGAUUGGUUCAAUCAAAAAGAGAAGAGUGAUCUUCAGGUUGGUCACCGGCAACAGGAAGAAGCCGACGAGUCUUAUGUCCAAAGUACAGUCCACAUCACAUCGUUAUCUGUAUCACCUAUAUUCAGACACCAUCCACGAAGCUCUGAAGGAGUAGCAGAAGCUGUGCUUGCUCCUCCAGCACAAACGGCAUCGUCUUAUCUUCAAGGCCGCGAAGAACAAGAUGCCAAACAUAGGAUGAAGCACGUAUAUGAAAAAGUCUUACGUCGGAAAAAUCGAGCAGAAGCAGGUACUGCAGCUCCUCGUGGGUCUUCAGAGACAGAUAGCAGUGUGUCACCAAUGAUGUCGAAUGCGCUGAUUGCUAGCGACAACGUAGAGCUUCGCUGCAUUCAACAGCCUGGGGUUGUACAGUGCGAUGAAAUACAGCGGAAUCAGGAAUCGGCGUUACAUUCUUACUUCUCUCUUUCACCAAAACGUGAAGACAGGAGACGAACCCGCAGUGGCUUAAAGCGCGUUAGCUUUGUCACGCCUCCGCUUGCUGUCGUAUCCGGAUCGUCUUCAUCUGCAGGGACAAGACAUGCAGACUUGUUUAGCGCUGAAGACUAUCGACGCGAUGAUGAUCGAAAUGCACGGAGAAGAGAACGAUUAGAAAGAAGGCAACGGCGACAAGAAAAUACUCGUGGGAGAUCUACUAGUAAUGAUGGCAAAGGAUCAACGCUCUUGGAUGUAGAUGACGCGACUGUGCGAUACAUUGAUGCAGUGCUAGUGAGACCCGAUCAACAGGUUUUUAACAAGUACACAAGAUAUUUUUUGGAUCUGAAGCUUGAGACGUUGUACCAAGAUUUUACAGCAAUCUUCUGGUUCAGACGUGCUCGCUGGCAUGUGGCACUAUGGAUGUCUGUCCAUUUGUUUGUAAAUCUUAUUUUCUAUGUUCUUCCAGGCUCGAAGUUUACUGGUAUGAAACAAUUUAUUUUAUCAUAUAGUUCAUUGCCGACGUUUUUACAGUGGGUCUACAUCUUGAUUGCGCUUCCAUUCGCUGCGCUUCCAAACAAGUCCAAUCCUUUUCAAACGCGGUGGCGUAGCUGGGUUUGCCUUAUUAUCAUCUUAUUUAACUUGACAUUUCAAAUAUGGCUAGCAGACGCCAGUCGUUUGGCUACCAGUUCUUAUUUAACGAUCGUGCAUGACCAUCUCACAUGCGAUGCUUCAAACUCGGAACUCACGUUGGCAUUCGCCGGUUUGAAAAUGAACUCAAACGAAGAGGCUUUGUCCAACAUAACAGUAGAUUUUGCUCUUGCGUAUUUGAGGGACGAGCAGAUGAAUCUGGCUAUUAGUGUGACUCACAUCUCCUCUGAUGCACUAGUCCAGACACUCAUAACUUUUGAAUCGCUUUUCAGUUUUUUGUUCGUGAUCUCAAUACGUUUGGAGUUCGUCCAAGUCGUGGUUGUGGCUGUCACUGCCGCCACUACAUACGCUAUCGUUGUUACUGCGUUCGGAUUUCAAUUGCAGUGGCUCAUGACUUUCAGCUAUGGAACAGCAGUUGUGUUGUUUCUCAUUUUAUCCUAUUCGACAGAUCGUACAAAUCGCAGAUCGUUUUUAUCCAAUUUUCUCGUCGAAAAAGAAAAUGAGAGUCUUAAAUCGUCUUUAAAACAAGCAGAAGCUGCUCUGCAGAAUGAUACGGCUCGCGCAGACGAAGAACGUGCUGUGGCUAGAGUACUCGCUGCACCCGAGAUGCAGCACCUUGAAAUGGUACACAUUCCGUUUGCAGAUCUCACCUUCCUGCAAGCCAUUGGCCGCGGAUCUAUGGGCGACGUGAUCAAAGCACGGUACUUUGGAACUGUUGUGGUCUGCAAGCGUAUGCGUCGUGAACACAUUGUGGAAACAAACAAUGGUCGGAAUCGACAUGGACAGCGAGAUGCUUGGAAUGAGGAUAGUGCACUGGCGAGUUUUCGUGAUGAAAUUGAACUCAUGUCGUGCUUGCGACACCCGAAUAUCGUGCAAUUCAUCGGUGCCAGUUGGGACAAUGCCUCAAACCUUUGUAUAGUGAUGGAAUAUCUUGAGAAUGGAGAUAUGCAUAGUGUGUUGCAUUCAGGACUGGGCAAGAACUUUACGUGGGCAGAUCCGCUGUUAAAAAUGGCUGUGGAUGCUGUGCAGGGAAUGCUCUAUUUGCACUCCCAGGAACGGCCAGUCGUGCAUCGCGACUUGAAAAGUGUCAAUAUUCUCUGUUCGGCCACGUAUGGGUGCAAAGUGGGAGAUUUUGGACUGAGUCGUCGGUACAAGAAAGGUGUUGAUGCUCUCACAACUCUCGUGGGUACGCCAUUCUGGCUCGCUCCUGAAAUCAUUCGCAGUGAGCGAUAUGGACCGGAAGCUGACGUUUAUUCAUUUGGAAUCGUUUUAACAGAACUCGAGACGCGACGAACUCCAUAUCACGACCAGGAAGAGACAGGAUUAAAAGUGCUUAUGCGCGUAGCACAUAAAGGGCUACGGCCUUCAUUACCUUCGACGUGCCACCCUGAACGACGCAAGCUUAUUGAAGCAUGUCUUCACGAUGUUCCUCGACAUCGACCGACCUUUUUGCAAGUCCUCUCUCGGUUGCAAGGGCCUGUGAGACUUGAAAUUGAAGGUCAAGCAGCAGCUCAACCGGAGCUUGAACGCCGCGUUCUGCUUCGACGAUGUCAAGAGCGUCAAAGUCUUUAG